UUUAAGGUAUUUUUCGUUUUGAGAAAGAAGCAAAAUCAGAUUACUUUUCUUCAUGUUUACCAUCAUACUAUCAUGGCAGUCUUCUCGUGGUGCUAUUUGAAAUUCCUGCCUGGUGAACAAGGUGUUAUCAUAGGUUUCUUGAAUUUUUUGGUCCAUGUUAUUAUGUACAGUUAUUAUUUGAUUGCGGCUCUUGGCCCUAAGUACAAAAAGUAUCUUUGGUGGAAGAAAUAUAUGACUUCAAUUCAGCUGCUGCAGUUUGUUUUAAUAUUAAUUCACCUAAUAUUAACAUUGAUUAUGGAUUGUCGAACACCAAAAGCUCUGACUUAUUUCUUCGUAAUAGUUACUAUAAGUUUUAUGUAUUUAUUUAACGACUUUUAUCGUCAAGCGUAUAAGAAGAAAAUGAAGUAGUAAUUAG